CCAGGCAUCAGUUUAGGAAAGUCAAGGCCCUGACAGAAUUAAACCUGGCCAGGGACAUCAAAGGUAACAAGAAAAGCUUCCAUAUGCAUGUCAGUGACAAAAGGAAGACUAGAGAUAACGCAGGCCCUCUCCAAAAGGAAACAGGAGACCUGGUUACCUGGGAUAUGGAGAAGGCUGAGGUCCUCAAUGACUUUUUUGCCUCAGUCUUCACUGGCAAGUGCCUAUGGAACCUGAAGGUGCACAAGUCCACGCGACCUGAUGAGAUGCAUCCACGGGUCCUGACAGAACUGGCAGACAAAGUGGCUAAGCCACUAUCCAUCAUAUUUGAGAAGUCGUGGCAGUCUGGCAAAGUUCCCACUGACUGGAAAAGGGGAAACAUAACCCCUAUUUUUACGAAGAAAAAAAAAGAAGACCUGGGGAAUUACAGGCCAGUCAGUCUCACCUCUGUGCCCAGCAAUAUCACGGAGCGGAUCCUCCUGGAAACUACAGUAGGGCACAUGGAAAAUAAGGAGGUGAUUUGCAACAGCCAACAUAGUUUCACCAAGAGCAAAUCAUGCCUGACAAAUUUGGUGGCCUCCUACGAUAGGGUUACAGCGUUGGUGAACAAGGGAAGAGUAACUGAUGUCAGCUGCCUGGACUUCUGCAAAGCAUUUGACGCUGUUCCGCAUGACAUCCUGGUCUCUAAACCGCAGAGACACAGAUUUGAUGGAUGGACCACUCAGUGGAUCCGGAAUUGGACGGGGUUGCACUCAGUCACAGUCAGUGGCUCAAUGUCCAAGGGGAGACCAGUGACGAGUGGUGUUCCUCAGGGGUCAGUACUAUUUAACAUCUUUGUUGGUAACAUAACUGAGUGCAUCCUCAGCAAGUUUGCCCCAACACCAAGCUGUGGUGCAGUUGACACACGGGAGGGAAGAGAGGCCAUCCAGAGGGACCCUGGCAGGCUUUAUAGGUGGGCCAGUGCAAACCUCAUGAAGCUCAAUAAGGCCAAGUGCAAGGUCCUGCACAUGGGUCAGGGCAAUCCCAAGCACAAAUACAGGCUGGGCAAUGAGUGGAUUGAGAGUAGCCCUGCGGAGAAGGACUUGGGGCUGUUGAUGGACGAAAAAUGGAAUAUGAGCCAGCAAUGUGCACUCGCAGCCCAGAAACAUAAUCACAUCCUGGACUGCAUCAAAAUAAGUGUAGCCAGCAGGUCGAGAGAGGUGAUUCUCCCCCUCUACUCUGCUCUAGUGAGACGCCCACCUGGAGUACUAUGUCCAGCUGUGGGGCCUCCAGCACAAGAAAGACAUGGACUUGCUCAAGCGGCUCUAGAGGAGGGCCAUAAAGAUGAACAGAGGACUGGAGCACCUCCCCUUUGA